UCACUAUUAUGACUCCAUUGCCAUUGGUCAUGCAUUGCGCUCCAUCGAAACAAGCUCUAAGGAGCUCAUGACCUUCUUCCAUGGCAUGCGUGGCGGUUAUGUGUUGGAUGGAGAUUGCCUCCAUCUCUCACUACAAGGCUAAGCUCAUCCAUGGCUUCUGCUACUUCCACGACGAGGAAGAAUUUGCCAGAAAUUUUAACAUCGCGAAUAGAGAGAUGUGAAUUUCAAUGGGCACAUCUCAGAAAAUAUUAUAUUUACAUUCAUACUUUCACUCUUCUCUCUCUAAACCUCACCGACUCUCUUUGUCUUCUUUACCCUGAAUGAGUGAAUGUAAAUAGAGGGAUCUUUAUCAUGUAGGUCCAGCGACAAGAUAACGUAUUCUUCGGAGGGCCAACACGUUUCAGCAAAAGCUAAAAAAAAUAAUAACAUUUGCUGUUAAAGUACAGUCUGAAAUCACUUCCUCAAAUCCAUGGCUUCUAUGCCUUCAGUUGUGCUAAGCAACACUCUCAAGCUUGACCCAGAUUUCAAGAGAAACAAUAUCUCCUCUCUAUCCUUUGAGAAGAAACACAUUUCAUUGGAAAGAGGUGUGGACCCGUUUAGUCUGGACACCAGGAAGGGACUUUCGCUGAUAAGAAAUGUAAAUGAGAAGGUAGAAUCAGCUGCUUAUGUUCCGGUGUUGCGAGAAUGUGUGAAAAACAGCUCAGUUUCAGACGUUGAAGUAAUUCACGGUCACAUUGUAAAGACUGGUUCAUAUCAGGACUCGUUUGUCAUGACAUUUCUUGUGAAUACGUAUGCUAAGCUCGGAAGAAUGGAGGCUGCACGCAAGCUGUUUGAUAAAAUGUGUACAAGAAAUGUUGUUACGUGGACGUCACUAAUGUCAGGUUAUAUUCAGGAAGAACAGCCAGAGAUUGCUAUUCGGGUGUUUGUGGAAAUGCUGGAAGUUGGAGGGUACCCCACGAAUUUGACAAUAGGGAUUAUUUUGAAUGCUUGUUCUUUAUUGUCUGAUUUUGAGACUGGAAAGCAAAUUCAUGGCUAUGUUGUGAAAUAUAGAACUGAGCAUGACACAAGUGUUGGGAAUGCUCUUUGUAGUCUGUAUACCAAGUGUGGCGAUUUGGAUUCUGCAGUUAAGGCGUAUCGGAAGAUUGAGGAGAAGGAUGUGAUAUCUUGGACCUCUGUUAUAUGUGCUUGUGGAGAUAAUGGGGAUUCUAGAACGGCGCUGGGUUUUUUCAUUGAUAUGCUCUGUAAUGGUGUUGAGCCAAAUGAAAUCACACUGUCUAAUGCCUUGAGAUCGUGUAUUGUGAUGUGGGCUUUAGGAUUGGGAUCACAAGUUCAUUCUUUGAGCAUUAAGCUUGGGUAUAGUUCUAAUCCACUGAUAAAAAACUCACUUCUGUAUCUAUACUUGAAAGGUGGAUUGGUUAAGGAGGCAAGGAAGUUGUUUGAUGGAAUGGAAACGCGAAGUUUGGUUUCGUGGAAUGCUAUGAUUGCAGGAAUUGCCCAAUUGACAGAUCUAGCAGAGGAUGUUCUGUCAAGUCAUGGCUGUGGAAUAGAGGCACUCAACGUUUUCUUGAGACUGAACCGAUCUGGCGUAAAACCUGACUUGUUUACCUUCUCAAGUGUACUAACUGUAUGCAGUCAUUUAGCAGCUAUGGAGCAAGGGGAGCAGAUUCAUGCCCAAGUAAUCAAGUCUGGUUUCUUAUCUAACGUGGUUGUGGGGACUGCCCUACUCAACAUGUAUAGUAAAUGCGGAAGCAUUGAUAGCGCGAGCCGUUCUUUUGUAGAGAUGUCCACAAGAACUUUGGUAAGCUGGACUUCCAUGAUUGCAGCCUUUGCACAAAAUGGCUGUUCUAAACAGGCACUACAGCUCUUUGAAGACAUGAUAUUUGUGGGAGUUAAGCCAAACCUGGUCACAUUUACCGCUGUUCUCUUUGCUUGUAGCCAUGCUGGAAUGGUGGAGGAAGCAUUUGCGUAUUUCAACAUGAUGAAAAGCAAGUACAGAAUCAAGCCUGCAAGGGACCAUUACUCGUGCCUGAUUAGCAUGUACGCGAGGCUGGGGAGGAUAGAGGAAGCUCUUGAGUUUAUGAAGGAGAACGAUAUUCGGCCUAAUGAGUUUACAUGGUCACUCUUGAUUGCAGGCUGCAGAAGCCAUGGGAAAUCAGAGCUGGGAUUCUAUGCUGCAGAGCAACUGCUAAACCUCAAUCCAAAGCACCCGGAGACAUAUACUUCACUGUUGAACAUGUAUAUCUCAGAAGGGAGAUUGGAGGACGCCUCUCGACUGAGAAAGAUCAUGGAAGACAACAACAUAAAAGAGUUACGUGACUGGAGCUGGAUUAACAUUAGAGACAAGGUUCAUUCAUUUGAGACCAACGCCCAACUUCACCCGCCAUACAAAGAGGUAGCAGAGUUCUUAAGCGAUUUGCAUAAACAGGCCAAGGCUCUUGGCUAUGAAUUACAAACCGAACCCAAGGAAGCAACUGAAUCUGCAGGCUAUCACAGCGAAAAACUGGCAGUUGCGUUUGGGUUGUUGAACACUCCAGGCGCUGCAGCCAUUCGAGUCAUUAAGACUAUCGGUAUGUGCAGGGAUUGCCAUGUUUUUCUGGAGGUGGUAUCUACUUUAACUGGUAGGAACAUCCUUGUUAGAGACAGUAAAAGGCUGCACAUAUUUGCCAAUGGAGUCUGUUCAUGUGGGGAUUUUGCACUCUUGGAGAUGCCAUGAUAUUUUUAGUUGAUGGUAUUCCAUUGCUUUUGCUUAAAAAUACACUUACCAUUUUACUUAUUUUAAAUUAAAUU